AUGGGGUCUAGCCAAUCACUUGAGAUCAGACCAAAGUCUGUGCUUGAGCAAGUCAAGAUAAACCUUGGAGAAAGGAUGGAGAAUGCAUAUAAUCAAGCAAGUCAACACCACAGAUCCCCACAGAGGCCUUUCCAUAAGGAAUCUGCACAACAAGUACAGAAAGCAUGCCCUGUAGAGAGCGUUUAUAUUGAUCUGUCUGAAGAGAAGGAUUCUGAAACUAAACAUUCAAUAAGGCAAGCCCUCAUCUCUCAUUCUAGACGAAAGAAGAUUAUCAAGAGCGAUAAGCUCGUUCUUGAAGAUUUUGAAGUGAGAAGGUGAAUCGGCAUCGGAGGAUUUUCCACAGUAAUAGAAGUCAUGAAGAAAGAUACUAAAAAGCUGUAUGCUAUGAAGAUAAUUCAAAAGUCAAUGAUAGAAAAAUAAGUCUAAAAUCAAACAGAUCAUGGCAGAGAGGAACAUAUUGAAGAUGGUAGAUCAUCCUUUCAUUAUCAACCUCCAUUGGGCAUUCAAAUCAAAAGAUUACCUGCACAUGGUCCUCGACUACUGCUCAGGUGGGGAGUUCUUCUACCACUUGAGUAGGAAUGGAAGGUUAGAUGAGGAAAUAGCUAAAUUUUAUUUCUCUGAAGUUCUCCUUGCCCUUGAAUAUCUUCACAACAAUGGAAUUAUCUACAGAGACCUCAAACCUGAAAAUAUAUUGUUAGAUGCUGAAGGACAUGUUGUCCUGACUGACUUUGGCUUAAGUAAGACCAAUUUUAGCAGAAAGACUCUGUCCCACUCCUUUUGAGGAAGUCCAGAGUACAUGAGCCCUGAAAUGCUUGAGGAGGUUGGCCAUGGUUUUGCCAUGGAUAUUUAUUCAUUAGGAGCUCUUCUUUAUGAAUUCUUGACAGGACUUCCUCCUCACUACUCCCAAGAUAGAGAUGAGCUAUUUUAUAACAUAUGUCACGAAGACAUACCGUAUCCUGAUUAUCUUAGUGAGAAAGCAAAAGAUUUACUCCAAAAGUUGCUUAAAAGGAAUCCUCUAGAGAGGCUUGGUACCAUAGAUGGAAUUGGAGUGAUAAAAUUUCACCCAUUUUGUGAGACUGUAGACUUUGAAGCACUUGUUGAAAGAAGAUAUGUCCCUCCUUUUAUUCCUGAUGAUACUCAGUUUUAUUUUGAUACUGAUUACGUUAAGAAGCAGAUCGGCGAGAAUCCACAGAACUAUUUCCCGAUUGAUGAUUUCUUGAAAAAUACUGAACAUCAACCGAAAGUUAUUAAAAAUAACAUGAGAGAGAGCCAGGUCGAGAAUGAGCAAAGAGUAUUCUCUGAAGAGAUAUAUUGAGAGAAACAGUCUGGAAAUAUCAACAUGUCUCUCCAAGAAUCAACCUAUAACGGAUACUCUUUCUAUAAACCUGCUUCUGAGACUUCAGAGAGUUGUGACUGCAGCUUGAUUUCAACCCAGUACAAAAUUUCUGAGAAGGUUAAUGAUCUUAACACCAGUAAGAAUACCAAGGAAACCCAAUUUGAGCUGCUUAAAGAAGAUAUUCUAAGUGGAGAACGUAAAUUCACUAGCUCUCAGAUCUCUAGUAAUGUAUUUGAGAUAAACGAUCCCAAAAAUAAUCCCCUCUGUGUUAGCUCAGCUGUUGAAGAAAUUACUGAAAGAGCUAAUGUAUCUCCUGAACCUGAGGUCCAUAAGCCUCAUGUGGGAAAUGCUCAUAAGACUAAGAGAGAAAGAAAUUUAGAAGAUUUUUGGAUGGAUAAAUCUGAGUCACAAUCCAUGGAUAUCGAAUCAAAUUUCAUCGAUGAGUUCCUUGAAAGUUUUGAUACAAAGCUUAAUAAUUUUGAUGAAAAAUCAUAUUUUAAUGAUGUAGAAGAGCACAAAGAGAAUCAUGAUGUGAAGCUCAAAAAUUAUACCUCAUACCUCAGUUCCAAGAUGGAAACAUAUUCUUCAUUUAACAACAAGAAAGCUUCAAUAAAUUUUACUCAGAAGGAGCCUAAAGCACUGACUUCUAUAAAACCUCCUCAGAAGAAGGAACAGGUCAGCCCUAAUGGAACAAGAACUCAGAAGAAGCCUCAAAGGAAACUUCAUCAGAUCGCUAACAAUCAGAAGGCUGAGAGAUCGGUGGUAAAUUUCCACUCACUCAGGAAACCUUCUAAGAAUGGAAACCUUAAGAAGAAGUAUGCUUCUGCUAAAGUCUCUUGAGAAAGACAGCCUAAAAAGUCGAAGACAUUUAAAAAGCAAAAAGUAUCCUUGCUUGGUAAACGCAGCAAGGAUGCUCGCCAGAAUGAUUUUCAAAGUAGUCUUAGAAGAGGUACAUCAAAAUUACCUCAGAAAUCGGGUCACAUCAAUCACUCAAGUAUAAGCUAUUUACACUUGCAAAAGUUCUCAUCUAGAGACACAUCUCCUAUUGCUGCAAAAAAUAAUAAUAGGACCAAGAGUCAGAUAGGAGAUGAGCUUAAAAUAACAGAAAAAUUAACCCAAGAAAUUACCUUAGACAAUCAAAAGUGUUGAGGUCUUGAAAAUACUCAACAUCCUACAUUAACCAGAUAUUGCAGCACCCUUAUUCCAAAAAGAAGUAGAAGAAGCUUACGUGGAACUACCAACAGAAGUAAAGAUCCGAAAUUUAUGGCAGAAGUAGAUGGGGUCAAACAAAAAGCUACAAAUAUUCAUCCUCAGAGUUGAAAUAAAUCCCUUGGAGGUGAGGUUAGAGGAUCAAACCCUACUAAGAAAAUUGAUAAUGUGAAGCUAUCAUUCGAAAGUCUUGACAAAUCUAACAAUAUGAUCGAACUAAUACAGUCCAAGAUGUCUCAGAAUAGUCCUUUUAACCAUUGAUCAUCAAUUAAGUCUGAAACAUUUGUGAGCCCUAUUCACUUGAAUAAGCAAUUAACUCAUGACAAAGCUAAGAUAAAGAAGCUUAAGAACUCAGAAGUUGGCUCAUAUGUCCCAUUACGAACAAUCAAUAACCGAAGAGGUAGCAAAACUCCAAUGAUAGGCUUAAAAGUCUCUCACUCUUCAGCUGAGAGACCGGGUGAUUAUAGAAGGAAAGAUUCCUUCCUUACAUCUACUUUGAGGCCUGCCAAUCUCAACCAAGAAAAUAAGAUUGACUCUGAUCUAUCUCCUAGAGAAAAUGAAAAACUUGAUAAGAGUAGAAAUAACAUGAUGAAAUAUUCUACUUACUCGGAGCAAGCCAGUAUUGCCAAACUCAACAGAAUGAACUUUAAGCAUCAAGAAGAUAGCCACAGCUUUGCUUCGAGGCUAAAUAUGAGAAGCGAGAAGAGUCAUUUCCUCUGUGACAAGAUAGGUGAAAAUAUUAGCAACCAUUCAUCUUCGUUCAUAAAUCAAAAUAUCGACAGCAAAUACGGGAGGUAUACUUCAUCUAGAAAUCAUGAGGCAAGGUCUAAACCCAGAUUUGAAGUGCUACAAAGAAAGAGCGCUUUAAAUGGCUCCAAUAGUACCAAACUGUUAGAUAAUUUUACCUCAUCCUCGCAUUCUAAGAAACAGAGAAAUGCUGCAUCAAGGAAGAAGAUAUCUUAUAUUAGCAAACGAAAUAAUCCUUUGACAAAGAUUCAAUCCUCUAAAGACUCCAAGCCGUAUAUUUACGCUGUCAGGAACAUCAACUUACAAGAAAGUACCAAAUCCAGCACUAAUCCCUCCUUCAAACAUGCUAAAGAAUCUCUAAACACCCUCAUCGACGAGACAAAACUCAGCUCUUGUCAUUCCAAAGCUUCUUUCUCAAGCUCACAUUCCAAAAUCCUCGCUAAGCGCAUAAAAACCCACUAUCCUAAACCCAGCGGCAUCGGGAACUACAAAAAAAGGCAGAUUCAUUACUAA